AUGGUCUCUGUCGUGACAGAAAAAAUAUUCCCGAGACUGCCCGACGGUGGGGGCAUCACAAUCAUCCGCCCGUCACUUCCGCUCCUCGAAGCAGGACCUUCCACUGCAACGGGUGACCCUAUAUCGGGGACAGGCGGGAACGAGAACGCGCAAGGGUCCCCCACGUCCUCCUCCUCUCCCUCCUCCGCCUCCUCCUCCCACUCGCCGCCCCUCACUCGCUCUCUCUCCUCCUUCGCCUCUCGAAGUCGCAGCAGCAGGGGGAGUGCGAGAGGGCUUGCUUCUGCUGCUGUGUGUGGUGGCGACAGCAGGAGCUUUCGACGAAGCAACGAUGAGAGGUCAAGCAAGCGGAAACAGAGCUGGAAGGAGGGCAAGGAGGAGAGUAAAGGGCAGAGUAAUGCUGCUGCUGAUGGCGCCAGCAGCAGCGGUAGCAGCAACAGCAGAGGAGGAGGAGCAGGGGAAGAUGAUUUCGCUACAUCUGAAGCUGAUGCUGGUGAUGGGAGUGGUGCUGGUGCUGGUGCUGGUGCUGGUGCUGGUGAUGGUGAUGCCCGCACGUAUGGACCACCUGAGGAAGAUUCUGCAGGUGAGGGGGGGCGAGAGGAGGCUUUUGAGGCACCUGAAACGGCUGCUGGAACCCGCACAUAUGGACCACCUCAGGAAGAUUCUGCAGAUACCAGCAGCUCUGUGGUUCCGCGCCUCCCAAAUCCACCAAACCGCCAUCACCCCCCUCCCUUUCCCCCCUCCCUUCCUCCCUCCCUUUCUCCCUCCCUUCCCCCCCUCCUUUUCCCCCCUCCCUUUCCCCCCGCUCUCCCCCCCCUCUCCUUCCCCUUCUCCUUCCCUCCUGUGCGUGUGCAGUCGGACGGAGUGACCAAGAUGAUUCCAGGGGAUGAGAAGCGCCACUGGAGGCUCGCAGGUCAGUGGCAGGGGCAGGGGCAGGAGUCUUACGGCGUCAGCACACCACCUUCCUCCUCUCUCUGCCCGUUCUCCAGGCCUGGAGCACCUGAGGGAGCUGCAGGUGCUGUCGUCUCUUGUGUGUGUGCUGUCACGGCGUUGCAAGCACCCUCAGUUCUGUUCAUUCCCUCCUUCCUCGCCCACCCCCCUGCCUCCUCGUCAGGCCUGGAGUACCUAAGGGAGUUGCAGGUGCUGUCAUCUCUUGUGUGUGUGCUGUCACGGCGCUGCAAAGACCCUCGCAUGCACCGCCUCAAGCAGCGCUUAGCGGAGUUGGAGGCUCAAGGGGAGGCGCACCUGCGAGAAAGAGAGGCACAGGAGGGCGGGGAGAGGGAGAGCGGGGGAUCGGAGGGGGAUGCGAGGGAAGGGGAUGCAAGGGAGGGGGGGAUUGGGCGGUUGCAGGGACAGCAGGGGGAUGGGGGGGCGCAGGGGGGAGGGAUGGCGCAGGGGAGUGGGAGGGGGAAGGAGAUGAUGGUGGUGGGGAGGGGAUGGGAUGGGGGAGGUGGAUGGGAGGGGAAGGGGAACGUCAACGUCAACGUCAAUGGCAGUGGCGGCGGCGGCGGUGGUGGUGGGGGUGGUGAUGCGAGUGAGGAGGACUGGUUUCUGUAUUCGCCCAAGGAAGAGGCAUUUCUGCGCAACCUGAGGCCCAUGAGGCUUCUAGAGGAGAGGGCACCACCAUACCAACCACCAUACCAGCCACCGUACCAGCCACCGUACCAGCCACCGUUUCUGGAGAAGAAGGUAACAGCUACCAAUCGCCUGCAUGUGGAGAUGACGCUCCUUGAUAACCUCAUGCCCAGCCCCCUUUCCCCCAUCUUCAAGCCCCUUCCCCCCAUCUUCAACCCCCUUCCCCCCUUCUUCAAUCCCCCUUCCCCCCCUCUCUCCCUCCCCAGCUCGUCCCACUCGCUGCGCAUGGCGCGCUUCACCAAGGACGCACCCUCCUGGGCCACCACCGCCAUUGCCGCCAGCCCUUUUGUGCGCGAGAAGAUUCAGUCACAGCUGAAGCUCAUUCGGCGACUGCAAAAGGAAUCCCUGUGGGUAGAGGACUUUGAUAAGUGCAUGAUGCUGCUGGCAGCAGCAGUGGCGAUUCUCUCCUACAAGGUGCGCUCCACGUUCAAGUGGCAGAGGGGAGGUGGCAGCAGCGGCAGCAGCGGCACAGGGGGGGCCGCAGCAGAGGACGAGCGGGAGGGUGUGGCGGGGACAGUGGGCGAGGCGGGACUGUCGAUCCGCUAUGCCCACACGCUGCAGAUUCUGGACCGGAUUCUCAACAAGCCCACGCUGCUGCUGAGAGCACAGAGGGACAACCUAUACCGCCACCUGCCUUCCACAGUAAAGCACAAGAUGCACGAACAAGCACCCUUCGGAAUCCCUUCUGCUUUCCUAUUCUCUUCUGACCCUCCCCCUCUCCUCCCCCCCGCUCCCCACCUUUUCCAUACACCCAGGGACGACCUAUACCGCCACCUGCCCUCCACAGUGAAGCACAAGGUGCGGCGGCGGCUGAGCAAUCGCAGCCGUCCGUUCGACGUGGAGGUAGCGGCUGAGAUGCGGCGCAGCACAGAACAGAUGCUGGCGUGGGUGCUGCCGAUGGCGCAGCGCACGCUAGCAUGGCAGGCAGAGCACUCGUACGGGUGCCACCUGAGCAAACGCCAACGCUCCCUGCACAUUCAGGUGGGUGUUAUUGUGGUGCAUUGCGGAGCAGAGGUGCAGAUUGGAAGAGGGCGCAGGUAA